UGUUAACUAAUAGUAAUAAUUUAUGAAUACAUUUUUAGAAUUCUUCUGUUAUCAGUUUUUUUAUUAUUCAUUACUCUCCCUAAAAAUGAAACGGGGGAACAAAAAACGUUUACCAAUACCUCUGGCCAAAUUGGAGUGAACAAAGCUUUGUUCCCCUUAAACAACAAAAUCUCUGGCCUGAAAUGCAUGGAUGAUUUUCUAUUUUUAUAAUACGCUAAGUCUGUGUAUCUUUUGGUUACAGGAUGUGUUUAUUGUGUAGAUUACCUGAAAAUAGCAUAUGUUUAAAUUGUUUAUGAACAAAUUCUGGACAUAUAGCGUGACCCCAUUAAGUUUGUGUGGAAAAUAACAUCGUUCUUGCGGCUUUAGUUGUUGAUGUGUUUAGUUUUAUUAUAUUAAAAAAGUUGUAAUGCGCAUAAAAAUGUUGUGUCCUGUGUUUCAUGUUCUGCCAAGUUGCCAAAACACACUUUCCACAGAGUUUUUAUAAAUUGAGUGUUGUGAUUUAUAAAUAUAAUGAGUUUUCUCUGCUAUUAAGAACAUUCUUUAUGUGUGUUUGUUUAAAACUUAGUGAGAUUAUAGAGAAUGAAGUAUUUCCAGCUUUAAUAAUGUACAACAGUGGCUCGUUAGAGAUAGUUGAGAACUUCUGUUACUUAGGUGAGAUGUUGGGCAGUGAAGGGGGUGUUGGAAGAAGUGUUACUUGCAGGAUAGGUUCUGCUUGGAAAAAGUUCAGAGAGUUACUUCCUUUGUUGACUAGCAGAGUCCUGUCAAGGUAGGUUGUAUGAGGCCUGUGUAAGAAGUGUUAUGUUGUACGGUAGUGAGACAUGGGCAGUGAAGCAGGAAGAUCUUGACCGUUUAGAAAGGAAUGAUAUGAGAAUGGUUAGGUGGAUGUGUAACCCCAGUCUGAGAGACAGAAAGAGUUCAGAUGAGCUAAGAAGCAGGCUAAGUCUCCAUAGAAUUAAAGAUGUUAUCCAUAUAAGAACCAGAUAAGAAGAUUGAAUUGGAUGGGGCACUUGGAAAGAAUGGAGGAGGAUAAUUGGGUAAGAAAGUGUAGAGACUUGAUAGUUCCUGGGGCAAAGCCCAGAGGCAGACCGAGAAAGACUUGGCAGGAGGUUAUAAGGACAGACUUGGUACAGAGGAAGUUGAGAUUAGAUCUAACACAGUCUAGAUCAGAUUGGAAGAGGGUCAUUAAUAUACCCCGUCCAACCCAUGCUAGCAUGGAAAACGGACGUUAAGCCGAGAAUGAUGAUGAUGAUGAUGGGUAGCUUACCUCCCGUGAAAAAUCAAGUUGAGCUCAUAUGAAAGAGCUUGAAAGGUUGUCUAGGAAUUUGAAUAUUUUUUUUAAAAUUCUUGAUUGGUUCUUUAGAAUUUGGACUAAGAAGAUUCACUAAUUAUGCAUGAUGUCACGAGUAUGAUCUGCAAGGGAGUUAUUUAACAUUUUUCAAAAGCCAUAUAGAGUUAAAAAUGUUUUCUGGCCAUUCACUUUGGCGUGUUUUGAAUAUUUUACAUAAUUUUUUUAUUUAGUUACCAUAAUUAUGCUCAAUGCAUACUCAUGACGUCACAAUUUCGCAUAAUUAACGAUACUUUUAAGACAAAUAUCUCGAGAACGGAUAAAGAUUUUUCAAAAAAAUAAAAAGAUUUCUAGACAACUUUCAUCUUUAAUAUGAGCUCAACUUGAUUUUUAGUGGGAGGGAACCUUUAAGAACAUUUUUUGUGUUUGUUUGUUUAAAAUUUAGGGGGUAGCUAAAUAGAAGGCAACCUAAACUUUAACUAAAAUCGAGAGACCACAUUGAGAACAAGACAUUAUAUAACUGACAAUGCUUUCCUCAUAUUGCUAUAAAAUGUGUAAAAGCAUAAAUUGCUAAUGUAAGUAGUGAUUUUUGCAAUGUGUUUUGUUAAUAGGAAGGAACCCGAGGUUUAAGUGAUUCUCAACCCUUUAAAAAGUUGGUUAGCAAGUCUUCCUUAAAAACUCUUUCGUUCUCAAGAUAUUCACAUUUAAAGAAUUUACAUAGAUUUAAUUAUGCUGUAUAAAUUAUGAUGUCAUAUUUAAGUAAUAGCAAAUUUUUUUCUGUCAUUAGUAAUUUUAAAACUGUUAAGGAAUGUGCAUUCAAACUUUAUCAAUGCGUACUAGAUGUUAUGAAGCUAAAUUGAUUAACAUAAUUUUUUUUUGUUAAAAUGACACUAGUUUGCUCGUCCAAGGCCUCUUAGAUUUUUUAUAAUAGCCCUCUUAUACAUCUGGUUUCCUUUUAGUUAAAAAACUACACACCAACAAGAAUUAAAAACCUACCUCAGUGUUGUAAUAAGUUCAGUAAUUUGCCCACACUCAAGAUGAUAAAUUACCAGUGUAGGUAACUUCUAAGAAAAAAGGGGUGCUCCCAGGCUUUUGCAAAGUCUUCUCAGACUUGCAUCAAUUAUGUUAUGUGCAUCUGCCAAGUCUAAAAAGAUUUGCGUGAAAGUAUGUUUUUAAGUUCAGAGAAUGUGACCAAUCUUCCAGCCCAAAUUGCAAUAUUUAAUUAUCUUAUUUUUAUUUCUCGCUGGUCGUGUCUGGUUUAUUCAGCUUGUAUCAGUUUUUUAAAUUUUAGUAAAAAUGAUUACAAUAGAAUCAUGCAGCGAUGACUUUCCGAAAUUAAAGAACCAACAAAAGAUAACAAAUGGAGUUAAUUCUAUAGUUACUGGUAACUACUUGACAACAACAUAUCUCGAAAAAAUAUGCCAGAUGGAGUUAAAGGAGACAGACAUCUUGUUAGCCACAUUUGCAAGGUCAGGGACCACAAUAACAAGAACACUGCUGUUGGUAAUGUUGUAUGGAGCUGACAAGGUAAUCAACAACCCUGAUUUUGACAUGGAUCGCAUUUCUCCAUUCAUUGAAUGUGAAUCUGUUUCACAAAUGAAUGAUGAAAAUGCAUAUGUAGGUUAUGAUGCUACCAUGGCACUGGAAGAUGCUCCUCAGCGGUUAUUAAAAACACACUUACCAAUUUGGCUAGCACCUAAAUCAGGAAGGGCUAGAAAAGUCAUUGUAGCACGUGAUGUGAAAGAUACAUUGAUAUCUAAUUAUUUUUUGUACAAGAAUGAUAAAACAAACCCAAAAGAGAUCUACAACACCCUAGAGUUCGAGACAUUUUACAAAAUGUUUGUGUCAGGUUCUACCCUUUGUGGAGAUUGGUAUCAAUGGUACAGAGGUUGGUUAGAUGCAUCUGAUGAAAAUACUCUUGUGUUACAUUAUGAAGAUUUAAUUAGAAAUUUUGAGGGGACAGUUACAAAGCUUGCAAAAUUUGUUAGGGUAGAAAUGACAUCUGAAUUGAUGUCCACAUUAAAAGAUGCAGCUGAUUUUAAGCGCAUGAAAAAAGCCCUGGAUGUUCCAGAAAUCAAAGAUUUUUUUCGUAAAGGCAUCAUUGGUGAUUAUCAGAAUUACUUAGAUGAAGAAAAAAUCAAGUUUUUAAAUCAUAGAUGCCAAGAAAUUGUCCCGGAACUAAUAAAAUAAUCUGUUAAAAAGGGGUUAUUCAUAUAGAAAAUAUUUUCUUAAAAAACCAUAAUAAUAUUUCGGCUAUAUGAAAAUGGAGAUCUCAAAUUGUAUUUCAUUUCUGAUAUGAACAGUUUCUUCUGUAGUCAAUAUGUCAAUUCAGCGUAAUUUUUUUAAAAAAACAUAAUUUUAUCAAAUGAACCAUUUAUUGUUUUUAGUUUUUUUUACCUAUUAAAAAACCUAUUAAAUAUUUUGGGGUAUUAUGGAAACCUUUUUUUAUAGUUUUAUAUAUACUUUUUAUUUUAACUUGCAUAUUGUAUGUUCUGUGUUUUUUCAGUUUUCCAAUCAAACUGAAGCUUUAGCAAAGAAUACUUUUAAAAUAGAAA